AUGUCUGACGAGGGUGUCACAAGCAGAGCACCUGCUGAGGAUCUCACAAGCCGAUCAUACGAUUAUAUCAUCUGUGGUGGUGGCACAGCAGGUUUGGCCGUCGCAUCUCGUCUUAGUGAAGACGAAAAUGUCACCGUUGCGGUCCUCGAAGCUGGGGGCAAUGCGCUAAACGAUUUGCUUGUUGAUGCCCCAAGCAUGUACACGCAGACCUGGGGGAACCCAAAUUAUGAUUGGGACUACAAGACAGUGCCCCAGAAAGGGACCGCGGGUCGAGUUCAUGGCUGGAUCCGUGGCAAAGUUCUAGGUGGCAGCAGCGCUGUCAAUUACGGCAUGUUCAGCAUGGCCUCCAAGCAGGACCUGGACAACUGGGGAGAACUUGGCAACAAGGGUUGGUCUUUUGAAGACCUCAAGCCUUACUACCGCAAAUUCGAAACCUACCACCCGGCUUCCGAGGCCUAUGGCGAAAAAAUAGACAACAAAUACCUCGACAAGUCUUUGCGCGGAACAUCAGGUCCAAUUCAUAUAAGCUUUGCGGAAACCGACGUUACUUGGAGCCAGGACAUGUGGCCCAAGACUAUAAUCAACGCAGGAUACCUACCUGCCAAUGAUCCUCGCGUUGGUUCCUCCAUUGGCGGCUUCAAUCAGCUGUGCACUAUUGAUCCUAGGCACAACAGACGAAGCUACUCUGCAAGAGACUACUAUGAACCGGCCAAGGAUCGACCCAAUUUGUUUCUCUUGACCCACGCACUCGUAUCCAAGAUUGAACUGGAGAAAAAUGCCGACACUGUCAAGGCCACCGGUGUUCAGUUCACAGUCGACGGCUCGCCAUUUACAGUCAAGGCAAACAGGGAAGUCAUUAUUUGCGGAGGCGUCGUCAACUCUCCCCAAAUCCUCGAGCUCUCUGGUAUCGGAUCGCCCGACGUACUCCAAAAAGCCGGUGUAGAAGUGAUUGUAGAUCUACCUGGAGUUGGCGACAACCUAUGCGAUCAUUCAGCAACAGCCGUCGUUCUCGGCGUCAAAGACGAAUACCCCACCGCCGAAGCCCUCUUCCGCGACCCAACCCUCACCCAACAAGCCCUCGAAGCCUACCUAACCCACAAAUCCGGUCCCUUCGCCGCAGGCCCCACAACAGCCGGCUUCGCCUCUCUCCAAAAAGUAUCCCCAGACCUUUCAAACCCCCAAUCCCACAUCGACUCCCUCCUCGCCUCCACCACCACCAGCGACCCCGCAGGCCGCGACCCCCUCACCGCCCGCCAACUCCUCAACCCAAAGGAAGCCGUAUGCCAAUUAGUCUUCCUACCCCUAGGCAUAAAUACCUACCGCCCCGAAAACGCAAACCAGCUUCUCCCCUGCGAGGACCCCGGCAUGUGGGCCACCCUCGGCGUCUGCAGCACGCGCUCCUUUUCCCGCGGCAGCACGCACAUUACCUCUUCGAACCCCGAAGCAUAUCCCGCCAUCGAUCCAGCGUACUUUGCGCACCCCCUCGAUAUCGAUCUCAUGGCGCGCUCCGUAAUGCACGCGCUGUCGUUUGCGGAUGUAGAGCCUUUGAAGCAGAUUUUCAAGCGUGAUGAAAAGGGAGGAUUGGUGGUGCCGCAGAAUGCGUCGGGUCCGUUGCCGAGGGAUGUUGAGGAGGCCAAGGAGUGGGUGCAGAAGAAUACGGUGACCGAGUAUCAUCCUGUGGGUACUUGUGCUAUGUUGCCGAGGGAGAAGGGUGGGGUUGUGGAUGAAGAGCUGAGAGUGUAUGGGGUGCAGGGACUGCGUGUUGUGGAUGCCAGUAUUUUUCCGUUGCAUGUACAGGGCAAUAUUGUUAGUCUAGUGUAUGCGAUUGCGGAGAAGGCGGCGGACAUGAUUCGAGGGAGGAGGAGACGCCCUGAUUCGGGACACUGGGCGUGA